CUGGUCGUCCUCUGCAGGCCUGCUGCUCUCUGCUGCAGAGAGAGGCUGCGUGACGUCAGCGAAGGCUGGAACGGUUCCUUGGUUGAAGCGGAAAAAAUGGGGAGAAGAAUGCGAGGACCUCAGGCAGGGGAACAAUGAUAGAUGAAGUAAAAAGACCAGUUGAAUGUUGUCACUAUGUGUGCUCAUGUGACUGAGCUGGGCUCUUCCAUAGGACAUGGGAUCUCUCUUCCUCCUACUGACUUGCCGUUGUCACCUUGUUGCCAUGUUUUCACCAUGAGAGGAUCUGUCACAUGCUUGACCUCUGUGCCCUCAUACUGGCGCUACCGUUGUGCCGCAUGAGCGCCCCCUCUCCUCCGGCAGUUACUGCACGGAAUGGCCUCUCUGGACCUGCCAUACCGCUGUCCUCGCUGCGGGGAGCACAAGCGCUUCCGAAGCCUGUCGUCCUUACGUGCCCACCUGGAGUACAACCACACGUACGAGACCCUUUACGUCCUCUCCAAAUCCAACAGUGUAUGUGACGCUGCUGCUCUGCUGCCGCUAGUGGCUGAGGGAGCUAUCCUCGCACCUGCCAACAACAACGACCCUUUUGAGCCGCUGCGGCCGUCAGCUUUAAAGGAGCGGCGCUUCCCUUGUCGUGAGCUUCCUUGUGCGGAUGACCUGAGUUUGACCCCGGCUAACUCCAACACUGCAGCCCGGUAUAUUCCCAAUGUGGAGUUUCCCCUGGGGGAGAUUUUUAUGAAAAAAGCCAUGACAUCCGCAGACCCGGGUCCCCAUGGAAACCCCAGCACAGCUGUAGCAGUGGCAGCUAAUGUAGCGGCGAGUGCAGUAGAGGCGGCCUAUGAAGAGGGCCUGGCCAGGCUGAAGGCUAGGGCGUUUGAACGGCUGGAGCUGGAUGAAAGGCUGGAGAAGCUGUCUGAAGAGGUGGAGCAGAAAAUAGCGGCCCGCGUAGGUCGUCUUCAGUCAGAGCUGGAGAGGAAGAGCUCGGAGCUGGAGCGGGCCAAACUGGAGAGCGAACGGCUGAGCCAGGAGAAGCAAGACCUGGAGGACAAGGCCUCGGAGCUCUCUCGGCAGGUGGACGUCUCUGUGGAAAUGCUAGCCAACCUCAAACAGGAUCUAGUGAACAAGGAGCAGGAGCUCAAUCACAAACAACAGGAAGUCGCCCAGAUUGAUCAGUUCCUUCAGGAGACAGCGGCACGUGAAGCCAAUGCCAAGGUGCGGCUACAGCAGUUCAUCGAGGAGCUGCUGGACCGAGCAGACCGCGCCGAAAAACAGCUGCAGAUCAUCAGCAGCUGUGGCACCACGCCGAACGGCAGCCUGGGGCGCUGCAGCCUGCAGGCCUCAAAGGGCAAUGGACGCCAGAGAAACUCCAGCAACUCUGGGAGCACAAGAGGCAUGUACCAAGUGUCAGAACGACGUUCGUCCCCCAGCACAGGAGCAUCAGGGCGGAUCAAGUCUGUCUCACAGGGCUCUGGAGGUUACGACAGUGACAGCGUGGAGAUGCAUCCCAUGGAGGACUGUCCCGAGGCUCAGUUCUAUCAAAUGCAGUGCCGGCUGGGUGAGGGGGGUUACGAGCGCUCCCCUGGGUGUGGCGGUGGUGGAUCGCGGAACUGGGGUCUUCGUAAACAGGCUAUCCAGAACUGGCAGCGGCGACCUUACAGGAACAGCACUGAGGGCGAGGAAGGAGACGUAUCAGACGUGGGCUCCAGGACCACCGAGUCUGAGGUGGAGAUGUGGGAACAAGAGAGGAGAGCUGUGGCUGAAGUCCAGCAGUCUGCCCCUCCAUAUUCUCACCACGGCAGGGCAGGAUAUCGCCCUAACACAGGUCGAUCUGAUGGAGUCUACAACAAGCCAUGCCGCCAUGAAAAGAGCCCGUCUAAAUCCAACGAGGUGAUCAGUCCAGAAAUCCUGAAGAUGCGUGCAGCUCUCUUCUGUAUCUUCACCUACCUGGAUACUAAAACCCUGCUGAGAGCCGCUGAGGUCUGCCGUGACUGGAAGUUUGUGGCUCGUCACCCAGCUGUGUGGACCAGAGUGCUGCUAGAGAACGCUCGCAUUUCCUCCAAGUUCCUGAGCACAUUGUCUCAGUGGUGCACUCAGACGCAUUCCCUCAUCCUGCAAAACCUCAAACCAAGACAGCGGGGCAAGAAGGAAACCAAGGACGAGUACCUUAAAACCACACGUGGCUGUCUGGAGGAAGGUCUGGAGGCGUUGUUAAAGGCCACAGGAAGUAACCUGCUGAUACUGAAGAUUUCACACUGCCCCAACCUGCUGACCGAUCGCUCCCUCUGGCUGGCCAGCUGCUACUGCCGAGCUCUGCAGGCUGUGACCUACAGAAGUGCCACAGAUCCAGUUGGCCAGGAGGUGAUCUGGGCCCUCGGAGCAGGUUGUAGAGAUAUCAUCUCCCUACAGGUGGCGCCGCUACACCCAUGCCAACAACCUGCCCGUUUCAGUAACCGAUGCCUGCAGACGAUCGGAAGAUGUUGGCCGCACCUCCGUGCUCUUGGUGUGGGCGGGGCUGGAUGUGGCAUUCAGGGGCUGGCCUCUCUCUCGAGGAACUGCAUGCGCCUGCAGGUGCUGGAGUUGGAUCAUGUGAGUGAGAUCAACCAGGAGGUGGCAGCAGAGGUUUGCAGAGAGGGCUUGAAAGGUCUUGAGAUGCUGGUGCUCACCUCCACACCAGUCACCCCCAAAGCCCUGCUCCACUUCAACAGUGUUUGCCGCAACCUGAAGUCUGUCGUGGUUCAGAUUGGUAUAGAAGACUACUUUGAGGAUCCCAACAGCCCUGAAGCUAGAAAACUGUUUGAUGAGAUGGUUAACAAGCUUCAGGCUCUGAAGAAGAGACCCGGCUUCUCCAAAAUCCUACACGUAAAAGCAGACAGUCUCUGCUAACAUCUUUUGUGCAGAUUUUUCAAGUCUUGUAGAGGGGCCAUCUUGGCUCCAGUCAAUCAAAAAGACCCAGCUGUUUUGAGCCCGCUCCACUGGGUUUGAGUACGUCUGCAGAAAAAACAGAUGAUCGCCACGGUGAACCAGGACCAAGGCUCAAAGUGCAUACUCCACAAGUACAAACUUCAAACAGAAAAAAACUCAUUCACUAUUCCAGUAAGGGGAAAUCAAUAUCUCCUUAAUGUUUCAUUAUGAUUGAAAUCAGUCGGGAGGCUUAUUUGGACAAACAAUGGCAGUAUAUAUAUAUAUAUAUAUAUAUACAUAUAACAAGAAGGGCCUGUUUUAAAGCUUACAGACUCAAAUAAGACUACAUAACUGUCAGAUUCCUCUUCCUCGUUUUCUGCUUUCACCGUACAAAUGGAUUGUGUCGUCGUACAGAGCCAAAUCUCUUUCUUGAAACACCCGGAGCCAGGUGACAGCACUGUAUUUAACUGUCUGCAUCUCCACAAUGCUUGACAUAUACUCAAGACUACCUUCAACACCCAACAGCUCGUGGGCAGGAACACAUUAUAAAGCGUACAUACUUUCCACAGGAAGUACAUGGAAUUGUGGCAGGAGUAAGAUAGUACAGAGAAAUUGAUUUCCCCAAGCGAUCUUGAGUUCUUAAGAGUCUUGAGAAAGGAGCUUUAUGUUUGUGUGUGUGUCGAGGAUUCAACAAAUGGUUUUCCAGCCUGCCUGCACCGCACUGUACUGUGUGUUGAAACUGUACAACUUUCAACACUUUCUGCCUUCACCCAGGACAGAAACAUGCUGCGCCAGCUCCAGGCACAGUGGAGAGAGCAAGGACAGCCUCGCUGUAACACACAGACCUUGACAGUCUUCUUAGCCAAUUGCAUGGCAGUGAUGCAUUUACCCUCUUCUACCAUCUUCUCUGCUUCCCGUAUGUGAACAGCGUCAUAUCACAAACCUGGACUCAGUGUUUCUUUGAUAGUUGUAGUAUCUCUGAGAGAGCAGGACGCAGUAUCAGAUGCUGCUCAUUGACAAGGCUGGAAAGAUGAUCCAUAAUGCAUUUCUCUCAAAAACUGGUGCCAUUUGUAACAGUGUGUGUCCUCAUUCCAGUGAGCGUUUUCUCCAAUGUGCCAUUAAUGAGGGAAGAGGGACCAUGUACUGUAAGGCAGAUGUUUAACCUCUUCAAAUCAAAUGUAACUUGUUGGAGUUUGAUUUGAGUGUAAGCAGCUCUUACUGAGCAUAAGGGUGUUGUGUUUCAUAUGGAACAUGGUCUCCAGGUGUAUACAGGUGUUUAAGUGUUUAUAUAUGAUGUGACUUUCAUACUUUACCAUACUAAUAACAGUGCCAUUCCUAUUAAUAGUGCUCAUCAUGGCCGAGGCCCUGAUCAAUCCUGAUUUAUAUUUUUUAGCUGACAUCCUCUGGCUCCCUCUGCUGGUUUUUUCCAAGGAUUUACACAGCCAACAGCCAGCUGGUGUGAUAUAACACGUUGUACUCUUUGUAGCAAGGAACAUGUAUCACCUUUACUAUUUUGCAGAACUCAAAACAAAGAGCUCAAGUCCUCGGUAUCACCUUCAAAUUAGGGAUUUGAUUUGAUUCAGUCCAUGGCUACAAUUAAGUUAAGCCUACAUUGCAAUUCUCAAGAAGUAUGGGUAGCAAUACUUACAGUGGUGUACACUCCUCUGUGCUGCAGAUAACUUAAAGGGGGUUAUUUUACACAUCAAGAUUAGUUUAUUAUUCACAAGGCGUACUACUCAGUCUGUAAAAAAAAACAGUUGUAUAAUGUCUUCUAGCUCUGGAGGAGUCAAGUCUGAGAAAAUAACCCUCAUAAUGCUUAUCUCGGCUUGGAAACUACAAAUUUAUAGCACAGAAAGCUGCAUUACAAGCUGGGGGGGGGGCAUAAAGUUUGAAAAAUGUGAAAAGAUGUGUUUACAAGGCAUAGAGGGUCCAAAGAAAAGACUAUUUAUGGGAAUUUUUGGAGCUUGACCCUUACUAGGGACCAAAAGUCAGGAUUUUUCUGACUUUGUGCAUUCAUUUUUUUUAAUCAUUCUCUUGCGAGUCCACAGACAUUAUAAAAGUGCAAUACUAAAUCACCGGAGCUCCUAUUAGCCGCCUAAUAUCACUUCACUUUAAAGAAAUUGUGCACACAGUUUUGAAACAGGUUGUAAAAUGAUUUACACAUCUGGUGGAACAUCAGGUCUCUUUCCUUGCGACACGUUUACCACAGGUUGCUUAACAAAUUGUUCAUUUAACCUUGCACACCACAUUUGUCUUUACAACACACGUUUGUGAGCGGAGUGUGCAACAGAGCACAGUGACAGUUUCCAGGAAGGCUGAGCAGGCGCCUGUCACAGGGGGCUCUUAAAAAUUCAAAAAGUCACUUGACGAGGAGAGCUGUGAGCUGAUGUUUUUUGGGGUUCUCUGCUUUAUUGUCAAAAACAUGUUUGUGAGGACUUGUGUAGCUGCCUAUUGUAGUAAUGAUGUUCCAGGUGAAUGUGUGAGAACGGUUGUCGGUGUCCAUUCCUUCAUGUUCUUCCAGUACUGCAUAUUAUUAUCCUACACUGGUACUGAUUCGUUCGAGGGAAGUCGGUUUGUGGGAAAGGUGUAAAACUUGGCUGACACGAUAGAGAAAACACAAAGCACUUGUUUAUUUUAAGUUUUAGACAAUCCUGCCUUCGCUAUCAGCUACUCUGUACAUAAUGUUUGUAAAAAAAACUAAAACAAGAAGAAAAAAAGGACCAACCUUUGAUGUUAUAUAAUAUUAAGGUCAUACUUAUGAGUGGAAAAAGUUGACGUUUACAGGUCUUCAUUCUGUAAGCAUUUUUGCCCCAAAGUUGAAUGAAAGAUAAACAUAGAGAAUUAUAUUAUGUAUACUAGUAGUGUUGAAAUGCAGUUGUGUAUUAGAUACUUUAUAUUAAAUGUGCAUCAGAGUCAUAUAGAGAUGGAAAUUAUAUAAGAGGAUAAAGAUGAUAAUUCAGCUAUUUAUUUCUAUAAAAAAAGAGCGAUGUGUAUAAUGUUGGCAUGUUUGUGUUCAAGCAUCAAUCAUUAAGUUGCCUUCUUAACUGUUCUGCUACUGUGACAAGAAAAUUAUUAGAUGUUUAAAGAGCUUUGAUUGCCUGCAGGUUAAUAACGUUUCUCUUUAUUUGAUCCAGUCUGUUGUUGCACUAGUGAGAAAAAAAAGAAGAUAUUUCAGAUGUUUAUUAUAAGAGUGUUGUUUUUAAUGUUCAGCUAUUUCUCAGUAUUUGACAAAAUAUGAUGCACUUUUUUUCCUGAACACUUUUAUCGGCCCGUCGGUCAUUGGUUUAGUCAGAAACGACGCUGGUUUCUGUCAGCGGGAUGCCUGGCGGCGCUUGCUGUUGUGGUAUGAAACCGAUCGUUUGCUUACAUGUUCGGUUUCAUGGGAGGAAGAUUUUGGAAAUACAGCAAUUACAUAUGAACUUGACUGAACAGAAGUACAGUUUCUCUUACACCAUCUCUCAUAUCUCAUCAGUUGGGAAGUUAAAGAUUGAAACUGAUUCAACUACAUUCAAGUGCUUUUUCGGUUCAUUGCCAAUAUGACCUUAUGCUCACCUUUGUAUUUGUUACUAUCUUUGUUUUCGUUUUUAAUUAUACUGUAGAUUUCACACUCAUACCAACCCUACAUUUGCUCCAUCGUGAAAAUGGACCUGCUAAACAUGUAAACUGCAGAUUAGAGGUGCCAAGAAUAAUUUUUGGCUUACAUCUCCAUUCUCUGCCUCUCCAAAUAUAAGCAGAAUCAUUUCUAAUCUAUUUAUUUUGAUUCAGAAACUGAAGCAUCACUUAUAAACCAAGGUGCUUCCUCAUGUUUAUUUUAUCAUUUCAUAAUUUAAAUCAAGUCGUAUUACUCUUCUGUUGCAGUUCCAUAUCAUGUAUACUGUGUAAUUUAAAAAACAGUGUCUGAGUGCUCAUGUACCUCUCUGUACAUAUCUUAUGUAUGAAUGAUUGUACUCUGCCCAUUCAUCUGAAUAGUAUUGUACACAUUACCUCAACACUUAUCUGGGCAAUUAAGUGUGCAGUUUGUCUUUGUAAUUUUUUUCAUUUCUGACUGUCAUCGACAGGUAUGCCAAUUGACCCAUGAACUUCAUCCAUGUUGCUAUAACGACAAAAUAGAUUCUGUCGCUAAAAAAAAAACAUUCCCAAAAGAUGAUCAGCCUUCUGCGAUGACUGCAAUAGAUGGAAAUGUUUUACUACUCAUUUUUCUCAUUUGUUGUCAUCAAUAAAAAAUUGCUUUAAAUUGUA